CGUCAGUUGUGCUGAAAAUUAUUACAGCUGCUGGCAGUAGAAUUUUCCUGUUUUCCAUUCAAAAUUUAAAUUGAUUACUGAUCCAAAUAAUACGCAGCGCAGACAAAAAAACACCCAAGAUACUCAAUUAGAUCAAACAAAAAUGUUGAAUUAAAUGGAACUGCGAAUGAAAAAGUGGCAUGCUUGGACUUUGAUUGGGCUUUUGCACUUAUUAAUUUACGAAUAAUAAUAAUAACAGAUAAUCAAGAAAGUAUGAUUUCAUCUAUAGCUACUGCUCUGCCUUUCCCAGCACAAAGAAAUGUAACGUUGAGUUCUUUAUGGUAUCUAAUGGUGUCCUUGGUGGUAUGCAAAUAAACAAAUGUGAAAAAUCAGCGUCAUUGAUUCCUCUGUAAAUAUGUCUAAGGAUUUACCAUUCUCUCUCAAAGAACAUAAUAUAAUAUGAAGGGAUAUUUCCUAAGUGGCAGCCUCUAUAAGGGCAUAUUUCUACUUGUUCUUUUACUUAUAGCACUUGAGUAUUUAUUUGGAUCAGUGUCUGAAUCUACCAAUUAUGUUCUGAAAUCAUCUACGUUUCAAAGAGAAGUUAUAAGUCCCCGUCUCAAAAUAAUAUCCAGGAACUUGACGCAUAACAAUGAGAUAGAAUUAACUAAUAGUACAAACAAUGCAUCAAACUUUAAUACAACAUCUUCAACAAAAAAUCACAGUAGUAUGUCAUUAUCAUUUGAUUCAACUUCACUUUACUCAGUUUCAAACGCAACAAAAGUACUCAACACAACUGAAUUGCCAUUAUGUCCUGAAGAUCCUCCAAACUUGGUUGGUGCAAUCGCAGUGAAAAAAUCUCCAGUUCCUACAAUCGAACAACUAGAAUCUCGUUUUUCAUGGUUGAAGCCAGGGGGACAUUACGCCCCUGAAACAUGCAGAGUACUUAAAUCAGUGGCCAUUGUGAUACCCUACCGUUGUCGAGGUGAACACCUCCUGUUAUUCCUCCAACAUAUGCACCCAUUCCUUAAGAAGCAACAGUUGGAUUAUACCAUUUUCAUUGUCGAACAAGAAGGUGAUGGACUUUUUAACCGUGCACUGUUGAUGAAUAUCGGUUAUAUCGAAGCUUUAAAGAGGAGGAACUUCGAUUGUUUCAUUCUUCAUGACAUUGACUUGUUGCCGGAAAACGAUAAGAAUUUGUAUACUUGUCCAAUUCAGCCGAGACACAUGAGUGUUGCAAUUGACUGUUUCAAAUAUAAGUUACCUUACAGAGAAAUGUUUGGUGGAGUUUCCGCUAUUUCUACAGAACAUUUCAGGCUGUUAAAUGGGUUUUCGAACUCCUUUUGGGGUUGGGGUGGAGAGGAUGAUGAUAUGUCUAAUCGAAUAAGACAUCAUAAAUUAUUCAUAUCUAGAUAUCCACCAACUAUAGCUAGAUACACUAUGCUGUCUCAUAGAAAAGAAAAACCUAGUCCCAAUAGAUAUGACGUGCUCAAAUUAGGCCAACAAAAAUAUGACAAAGAUGGUUUAAAUACUCUCAAAUACUCGGUGGUAAAAAGUAAGAACCUCUUACUUUACACUUGGAUCCUGGUAAAAGUAGAUGUGCCAAGUUGAUGUACCAAAAUAUAAGUCAAGAUUUGCCAAAUAGAAAAAGAAACAACAAUAUAGAUUGCACAAAACACCCACAUUUACAUAAAAACUUUCUAAGAUUUUUUGCAUUUAGCAUUUGUACUGUGAGAUAGCUUGCUUGAAGGUAUUCAAACGUUUACAAAGUGGUUCAGUUUUAAUCCCAGUGAGUACAGCUAAGAUGUACGAUUCGACUUUUUAUACUAUAGUUCUCGAUUUUUGAGGAAUAAGUAGGUCAGUGAGAUGUAUAUAUACUUAAAGGUGGUUCCCCUUUGAAUUUUUUUCCUUUUAUCAUAGUUAUAUAUGGUAGCCAUACAUUAUGAUAUUAUCAGUUAUCAUGAUUUUUGUCGUUAAAAAUCGAAGGCCUAAAUCUUAAUUUUCAUUGCAGUAUUCAAGUAGAUGUUGUCUGUGAUAUUUGCACAAUUAUGAGCAGUUUAACUAGUAGACAAUAAGGAUUGUAGUUUUUUUUUUUAAUCAGCUAAAAAGUUUAAUAUUGGAUGAAUCUCAGAUAGCCUCCAAAAUCUUAAGACUAUUAUUUAGAUGGCAGUUUUGAAUAUGUGAAUCUAAAAAGGCUGUUUAUAUCGAUUAUUUUUAAUUUUUCAAGGUACUAGUCGAGUUCUGAGUGAUAUGUUUUGAUAUAUUCAGCAAACUGCAGCUCUUUCUUGCAGCCAUAAUCUCAAUUAAGAUCCUGAAAAAUUUUCAAUUUAUCCUUUGCACUCAAUUUUGGAUAAGAUUUGUAUAGAUUUAUAUUAUUUUAAAUUAUUGUAAGUAGGAUAAGAAUAAAGAGAUAAGAUUUAAAAGAAAA